GCCAUCGUUCGCAUUCGGUCACGGAUAACACGCACUCGCCCCGUUGUAUUUGCAAGCGAAUAAACAAUUGAACAGCACACAUCGAUGUGUCCGCACCCGUUGUGAAAAGAUUGUGUGUGUUCCCUGUACCCCCGUUGUUGCUGCGGUGUCGUUGUGACUGUGUGUGAGGGGCAGCUAGUGGUGCUUCGUUUGCAGUUUCAAUGCUGUUGUGAAAGGAAAAAAAGCAGCUUUUCUAGUGCAAUAUGUCCGUGAAACAAUAGAAAUUUGCUGUCUGGCACGUGUGUAGGCUGUGUAUGUGUGUGCGUCUGUGUGUGUGAAUCUGUUGUGUGCUGCACUACAGUCCCAUACAGUGAAGGGGGAGGGUGGAGGUGUUGCAGAUGUGGAGAUGUAGUAGAUGCUGAGGGGAAGAAAAAUUGCAAUCACUCACUUGCCGAGUCAAAAGUGUCAGAAAAAGAAAUCGACAAGCUCUGGGGCAGCAGUGUCUCAGCCGUAGGUGUGUGUGUAUGCGUGUGUCUUCCCGAGAUUUUGUUGCCCAGCAGCAAUCUGGUGUUGUGUAGGUGUGUGUGUUGUGUGAAUAGUGCAAAUUGGUGGUAGCGCCCUUGGUAGCACAGAAAAAAGUGCUGCUUCCAAUCGAUCCCGUGAGGCUGUGUGUGGGCGCGUCACAGAGAAGCUGUAAUCAGCCCGUAGUGAUUAUUUCACGCUCAAUCGCUCCCGUGUGUGUGUGUGUGCAGGGUUUCGGGAGUGCUAGUACUACUACUACAACCGCCCCCUUCUCCCCGGAGCAGUACGACGAAGCAGUGUCCCCACCACUCCCUCCACCCGCAGGGAGUCCCUUCGGAGUGACAUGAACUCCCGAAUCAAGGAGGAUGUCAGCCGACUGUUUGAGUUCUGGUGCGAGAUUGCUCCGGGUACGGGGGAGGACAACAGUGCGCCCGGCCAGAUCGUGGAAAGCUUCCCGGAGUCGUUCAAGGAUGCGAAGGUUACGGCCGACAUUCCGGCGUUCGCGUAUCCGUGCGCCUUCGAAAGUCGAACCAUUCAAGUGCACUCGUUCGUGCUGACCAACAUCGACUCGAAAUGGCGGUUUGGGUUCUGCCGGCACGAUCCAAAAUCACCCACGGCGAUGGUGAUCAUCACGUACCUGCCGUGGCACGAUACGUUCAUGCGCUUCCUGAACGUGCUGGCCGACAUCCGGAAGAACCGCCCGAACGAGUUUGCCUCGUUUCUCGCCGAAUCGUACAACAAGGGCGUACCCGAGCCGGGCGCCUGCCUGAAGCUGCACUACGAUCGCGCCUCCCAAACGUUCCUGUUCCAAAGACCUCAGCAGUUUCAGCUUCCCAGUAUUCCGGAGAACCACAAUCUCAACCAAUACUACAACUUUGUGGAACCAAAAUUUAUGAUAGGAAUAUUUGCCGCCAUGCUGGCAGAGCGGCGCAUCAUCUUCGUUUCGCGCCGGCUCGACAUCCUGUCGUCGUGCGUGCAGGCGGCGAACGCUUUCCUCUAUCCGAUGGUCUGGCAGCACAUAUUUAUACCGGUGCUGCCGAUGCAGAUGAAGGACAUACUGGCCGCGCCGAUGCCGUUCCUGAUCGGCGUACCGGAGGCGGUGUACGACACGCUGCGAAGGGAGGAAAUCGGUGACGUCGUCAUACUGAACUGUGAUAAACGAACGCUGGAAACACCGUUCGACGAUGUGAAAAGUAUGCCCCAGGAAUUGGUCAGCUCGCUGAAGAAGCAGCUGUCCAAUCAGGCCGAUCAUCGGGGCGAUCGGGUUUCAAAGAUAUUUCUAGGUAUUCUAGUGCAAUUAAUUGGAGGGUAUCGGGACGCUGUAAAAUUUAAUGAUAAAAUUACCUUCGAUCCGGAGACUUUCAUCGAGUCGCGACCGUCGCAUCUACGGCCAUUUUUGGAUAAGAUGUUGGAUUUGCAGAUUUUUCAACAGUUUAUCGAAGAACGCUUGGAUAUGCUGAACACUGGGCAGGGAUUUUCGGACGAGUUCGAGGUAGAGUACUUCCGGUACGCGGAAAAGUCAGGCCGCAAGACGAAACAGUACAAGGAUCUGCUGAAAAACUUCAAGGACAAGACUAAUCCAGCUGUACGUUCGGCGGUCAAAUCGGUCAAGGAAGGUGGCAAAGGCGUCAAAACCGCAUACAAAGGCUUGCGGUCGAAAUUUCGCGAAACGACACCACCGAAGACGAAGCUCGACAGCAACAGCAGCUUGCACCUGCAUCACCAGUACGAUGUCGGUGGCCACCAUCAGUCCGCACCGAACUCGCCCGUCUUUAACAAGCGGCCGCAGACGAUCGCCCUGCCCGACGACGUGUACCACACGCACAACCCGCACCAUAUGCUGACACCGUCGUCCACCUCACUGCACAACUCGCCACAUAUCCUGCUGGGCAGCAAUCAUCACCAUCACCAUCUGCACCAGUCGCUUCCGCAGAGCAAUGGCGGUGUCGGCAGCGCGGGCAACAGUAGCAGUGCUGGGUAUCACAGUGCGUCGGCCGCGAUGACCCGCAGUGGUAGCAGUGCUGCUGGCAGCACCAGCCACAUGAACAACAAUCACAGCUAUGCGAAUAGCAACAGCAACAACAACCACAUGACCAGCAGCAGCGCGAGCGACAUCCGCAGCCCGACACUAAGUCCGACCAGCUCGAACUCAUCGUCCGAGAUGAACCUGUGGCAGGAGAUGCAGCACCAUCUGACACUGUUCAAAUCGCCAGCCGUCAAUCGGAAUCUCAAGCCGACGAACAGUGCGGACGGCGGCAGCAACGGCAGCCGGCCAUCGUCCCGGGCGGGUGCACCGGUCAGCCCGCCGGGCGGAAGCAGCAACGCGCUACCUCGCAUACAGGAGUCGGUGGCAGUCGGUGCGCAGCCGCUGCUGCUGGGACUAGAUCUGGAGGAUCCCGGCGGAUCACCGGCGCGGUCCGCCUGCUGCAACAACAAUGGCAGCGGCGACUACCACGACGACGAGCAGGCCAACUUCGACCUGUCGCCGGACGCACCGUGUCCGCCAAUACCGCCCAGGCGCUUCCAGUCGGCGGCCGAUGCGCUGGCCGCCAUUCAGAUCUCUCCCCCGCCAAUGUCACCUCCGUCGUCUUCCUCGUCGAACUCGUCGCCCUACCGUACCUACAACAACUUCAUACCUCCCGCACCAAAGCCAAAGCCCCCGGCGGGCGCUCCCACCUCUUCCCCCUCGAUCAUCGACCAGUCACCUCCCUUACCUUCUCCUCCGCCUCCGCCGCCCCUGAAGGCGCCGGUGGAUUCCUCCGCCCGGCGCAACGAUAUCCUCCAGCUCGACGACGGCGAGGAGGAGCAGCUGAUUACACUGACCACAACUACGGCGACAGUCGGUGGGCAUGGGGCGACGGGCGGUACUGCGACUACCACCACUACGACCACCAGCAUGUCCAUGACGUUCGGUCAGCCAGCGGUUCGCAAGCCGCAGCCCUCUCCCACGGCCAAUAGCACGUUGCAUAGCAAUCACAUCCUACCGCCACUGCUGCCCCAAGCGCAACAGCAGCAACAGCAACAGACCGUAUCGCCAUCAUUGGCCGGCAAAACGCCACCCCUGCAGCAUGCCUAUACCUUGCCACAUCCACCGAAAGCGCAAGCGCCGCAGCCACCGCAACGGCCACCGCUUGCUCCGAAGCCCACCUUCCGCAAAGAGAUGCGGGUUAAGAUCGAACGUAAGCUAAGCAUGCAAGCGGUGGCAAAACAGGAUGUUUAAGGUCCCGCGUCGUCCUCAAGCGGUGUGUGCAAGCGACAGAGCGAUUCAAACCUUUCCUGCGAGCGAAUGACGAACGAUGAUGAUCGAUCCUUCUUAUUGUCACUCUGACGUCCUGUGACAAACACACACACACAUACACACAGCGAAUAUCGAAUCACGCGUCUCUCCAGCCCCCAACCAAGCAAAACACCUUUUCAACAAACGACAAACGGGGAGUUGCAGAGAUUGUUGCUGCCGCCCAGCUAACCCACCACUUUUUCCACCAACUUCAAUCAUAUGAAUACUAUCGUAAGACCUGUUUCUAUCUUUCUAACCGUUUUUACUCUUCUUUGUGUCCCUUUCUUGUGAUGAGUGUUAGUGUUACGUGGGCUUGAUCUUUUUUUAACUUGUUAACUUCCUCUGCCUGCGACAUUUUUGUGCAAGGAGUUAUGUUUUUUGUUUUUUUUUUCAAGGGUAGGCGAGACUCUGAUCUCGUACUGGUAAUGCUGAUGGGCAAAUGGGGGUUUGUGUUAUGUGUGUUAUGUGUUUUCCAUUAUGUUCUCAUACCAUCGAGAUUCUGUUGAGAUCAUCACGAUCGCUGUUAUGUGUGGCACAGUUUUGUGUUUUGCUUUCAUGCUUAAAUCAACUCACGUCUCAUGAUCAUCGUUCUUGUCAUUUCGUUCUCAUGUCGUCAUUCGCACACACUUAUCCUGGGGAACCUUUUUGGGGAAGAAAAUAUGAUUAGUAUCAUGCAUACACGAUUAUCUAUCCAAAAUCAUCUGUCGGUGGGGCAUCAUCUGAGCUCUUUUUUCUCUCUCUCUCUCGGUGUAUUACUUUCUCUAUUCUCUAUGGCUUGGAAAUUAUAUCUUCUCACUGCUUCGGUGUUUGGUCAUACUGUCAUCAAAAACGUAUACAAACGCUUUUUCUGAGUCUUUCAUUUAGUCUAGUCGGUGAAUAGAAAUAGUGUCUGGACUAAAUAGGGUUACCGUUUAUAGUUGGUUCGUUAUCGUCUUUCUAUUUUAUUAUAUUUUUAUAAUCUUAAACGGUAGUCAUACAUUUAAGUUUUCUGUUUUGGAUUUAAUUUACUGUUUGACUCUUACUAAACGAAUAUGUUUUACUGCCUGGUAGACUUAUAUUGCUAGUAGUUAGUGUAAUGGUUUUUAUCUGAUUUUCUCAAGCGAGCUUUGUGUUUUUUGCUUGUUUUUUUAUUUAUAAUUUUUAACUGCCCCGAUGCGCUUUAAUUUGAUUGCUUCGACUGUUAUGGCACGAGUUUUACGUUUUAAUGCUUUUUACUUGAGUAUUGUGGAUUUGGAUUUGUGCGUCAGUUGCUAAGUAUCUUGAGUCGUGUAACGUAUAUUUAACUUCUUCGAUGACUCGUACUGUUUGUACUUUUCUUUGUAAUCCUUGUAUAAGCCAAGUUUGCUCCGUGGUGUCCGUGCUUUUGGUUUUAGUAGAACGUUUUAUUGAGCAAAAUCUGCCGAAUCAAUCGCUUCAGUGGUUUCGGUCGAAUGGUCGAUUUCCUCCCCCCAUUAAAUUAUCCAUCCAUUAGGGAAACCGGUUGUUAUCCUGCGCACCCCCAAAACACCCACAUUCACACACCCGCGUACUGCUACACCGCUCCGUGUUCUCACGCUCCUACCGCCCUAUAUUUCGCAGUCUCAAAACGGUGACAUCCCGGACUUUCCCGCGUCCACGUCCGGGACGGGCAGCAGCACAACUCCGCCGGCGGUGAACGAUGAGUCCCUUGAUCUAAUCACGCUCGACACCACCAACUCGAGUUUCGAGCUGGAGGACUUCGAUCCGCUCAAUGAACGGGCCAGACCGAUCGGUGGUGUCGCUGCCGCUACCGGCACCGCGCAUGCUCAACCCUCCAGCUCAGCAGCACUAACACCACCCUCCAGCUAUGCGUCCGGCUUGGCAAAUGUCGUCGCAGCGUCCGGCGUAACGAUGCCGACCGGCCUGAGCGUUAAUAAUCCCAUCUAUCCUUACUUUACACCGCUUUACCAACAAAACGUCGCCACUACACCGCACUCCGCCCACCAUCCACCACCAUCACAACAACAACACCAAUUCCAUCGGACACUACUAGGGACGAUGGCGGCAGGAGCAGGCGAUGGACAAUCACAGCGGCCCACUAGCAACACAGCGUCAUCCACUGGUGCUGGUGCUGGUGCCGGUGCCCGGGAAAGCAAUGUUUCCGACGAUUUCGAACUGCUGCGAAACUAUGGUCUAGACAAGUUUUCACUGUUGGACGGGGGUAGCACAAAAAAGCAAGCGCCCGCACUGCUGCACGUGAACGGUAGCACUGGCAAGGGAGAGAACCAACCGAGUACGACCAAUGCUUCCGUUAAUGCGCAGGUUCUUCCCAACGGGCGACAGAUGGGCUGCAAUGGUGGUAGCAAGAUCGUGAACAACGGACCGACCAAAGCUUCGUUCAACAACUGGACGACGUUCGAUUGAGAUCAGCAUGGGCGAAUCCGUUAGGAGAGAGCGUUGCAUCAUCUGGCAGUUCUAGAUCGUAAGCUCAACGCCGGGGGUUUAGUUUUCGCAAAGCAACAUAAAAAACAAAAACCCGCAAUAAACAUUUCAGGCAAAGAAACUAUCAUUAAUAUACGCUUUUAGCAGCAAAAAGGAAAGUCUUCAUUCCAUGAGGUAGACAACAAAAAGGACAAAAGCGAAGGAUUAAUGAAUCCCGGAAGCGUCUUAAAAGCUUAGGCCAUAUUAAACGUUUAAUCAGUUAUCAUACAGCAAACUCUAGAGUCAAUAUUGUUUUGUUUUUCAGCUUCUUCUUCGUUUUGCCUUGAUAAGUGUGUAUGCAAUAACGAAUCCCGCAACCAGUUGUUGUUUUCUGUUGUCCGUUUAUGUUCCACUCGUUUUUGUAUUAUAUAUAGUGUCAUGAAAGCAAACAUUGCAAUCAAUUCACGUGCUACAUGUUAUCAUGUAGUGCCUGGAGGUUUCAGUGAAUAGAGCAAACGGUGUUUUUUUUGUUUGAUAUUUAAAUGUGUAGUUUCUGUGUAAUCCUUUGCCCCGAGUUGUAUUGAAUAAUUUUAUAGAUUUACCGUGUGGUUAUUAGCGGUAGAAGCGGUUUAGUAAAAAGGAAAACAUAAUCGUAUAACGAUUUCAAAGUGUAGCAAGAGUUCGAUAAAUCGAUGGCACAUUUGUUGUGUGAGAAGCAUGCGAAACAGCGCAUAGAGGGAGAAACAUUGUAGAGGAACAAAAAGACACAUGGCACAGAAUGUAAAUCUAAUUUAAUUCUUAAACCUAUGCACAAAACGAAUGCAACAAACUAGACAAACGAGAAGAUUGAACGAAAAAAACAAGUCAGGUAGAAGGGAAGGAAACAUUUAAACUGUAUUGCUGGCUAUGCUGUGUGUAAAGUGGGAAUAAAGAUGAGUAUAGAAAAAGAAAGCGGAACGCGUUUGGGGGAGGGAAAUAGUUUACGCCGCAUCAAUGCGUUAAUUAUAGAGUGAAGCAUUUUAAAAAAUGUAUUCGUUGCCAGAACAGAGACCGUAGUGUAGAUUAACAAACAAACAAACAAUUGAUAGCAUACACCAAAUGUGUGGCAGGAACUACUGCGGGGGAAUGCGGGAUGGAGUAUCAUCUUAACCAUCCUGCCCUGGUUAGGAUAAAGUCAUAGACAUAUAAAUAGUGACAGAUAGAGAGAUAGAGAGAAAGAGUGGAGAGAGAGAGAGAGUGAAAGGAUGGAGAAUGAGUCAGGAUUGCAGUUUUAAAUUUGUUUUAACCUAAAAGAGAAACAUAUACAAUGUUCUGUAGCGAGUGAGGAUUAUAUUACUGCUUAAUGCGAUAUUUUAGCGCCACUUACGUACUCUCUACCGUACUAGAAGAAAAAAAACACACAUUAGUAACAGCUCGAUCGUGUACUGUUGAUAGAUAAACCAAAUAUUCAACAAUAACAGCAACAAAACGCUCACCUGGCCAUGAGGCACGCAGGUGAUGAUACGUGUUAAGAUAUUUAGUCAAAAUGUUGUAAAAAAAAAGAACACAGAUAUGGAGCGGUUUCUCGCAAAUUUUCCAUCACAACGUUCGCAAUUUACUACAAUUGCAUCACAACAACACACACACUGCUCAAAGAUAGGUUUACUCGAGGGGAACAGUAAUAUAGGGUUUUGGUUAAGUGUUUUGGAACACCGUUUGGAACACACCGUUGGGUUGCGCUCUUCUUAAACACUCAGACACAUGCAUCACGCUGUAUCAAGCUGUAUCAAAUACCAAACGACGAAAGCAAUUGAUGCGUUUUAUCAACAACACCGCAGCGCACAACCGCCCACGUGUUAACGACCAACGACCCGGGGUAGAAAUAAGAGAAUGCGUCACAGGUUCUUAUACAGGACUUUUACAUUUACAAAGGCAAUAUCAGAGCAAACAGUGGAAAUGAUAGAACUCUUUUUUUAGUUAGGAAACCGUUAUAAACACUAUACUCUGGCUAUAGAACAAGAAAUGAGUAGCGAAAGUCGCAUUUGAGACGACCGAUGAAGCUAAUAACAUUUAAUCCCCAUGCUGUACGCCAAUUAAUUGCUGGGGGUACUUCGUACUCGUUUUGACCGUGGUUUAAACCUACCAACAUCGAUGGCUCACUUUGCAAACAAGUUUCUUCCUUGGAAAUACAAUCAUACAACACUAUAUAAAUAUAUCAUUGAACACGACAGCAUCUAACCGAUCAAUCGAAUAGAAUCAAUCCAGGCGUUUGAAGAGGAGUAUGGUACCGAUCACGUGGCGUAACUAUAUAUUAAAACCGAUUACACAAAAAAAUGAAAAGCAAAAAGCAUUUAAAUUAUCGCAACGUUUGGCAACAUAAAAUGCAGAAAGAAAUAUAUCCAAACCCCAUUGCUAAAACGACCAUUAUCGAAUGAUAGAUACGUUAGAAGCAUAUAGCAAAGCUCUCAGUAAGGCUAAAAUUAACAAAUAUAUUUAAACAAUACCUUCCCCACCCUCCAAAUUUUAUGCUGUUGCCGGAAAAAAGCCGAAAAACUUAACACAAGAAAAGACAGAGGAUUUGGAAUAACUUUAUAACUUUGUUGUGCGCGUUGUGCUGCUUCUUUCUUUGUUUUGCAAAAGCGCGUAUCAUUAGCGGCUCCCUGCGGGAGGUAUCAUUAAUCUAUAAUCGAAUACGAGUUGGAAGAAAAAGGGAAUCAAGAAUGCUUCUUAACGUUUUAGCAGUGGUCAGAUGUGAGCAUAGAAAAGGACAAAGAUUAGUUCCGAGCAGCAGUACCGGAGAACGUUGUGUAAGUGUGUGCGUGUGAGUGUACUUCCUGCGCGCAAGGUGCAGAGUGUAGAGAUGGUAGCAACAGACAGACUAUAUAUUGGAAAACCCGAAUGUUGAAUGUCAAAUAAAAGACGAAACAUAUUACAAACGAAAAAAAA